UCCCUCCUACCCCCCCUCCCCCCUCCCCCCAAAUAAAGAAAAUCAUUCAUACACAAUUGGUUGCUCUUUCAAUUAGUAUCUUUUGCCAGACGACAAAUCAAGGAGAUCUGAUUCACACACACGACGCAACUCUUUCUAUAUAGACUACUAUAGUACACGACUAUUCGUCUAUGUACAUGCAUAUUACUGUGUCUCUGUGAAUUCUCUUGGAGCUUUGAACCAAAAUCCGUUUCUAAUAGAAAGUGAAGCAUGGGGACAGGAAGUGAUAAAGUAAUUACAGAAUCAGGCGGAGGAAUUAGGAGAAGAAAUUGUUUUUGCACAAAAGAUGAUUUUCUACCUGAGGAGUCAUUUAAGAGCUGGGGCAAUUACGCGAAGGCACUGAGGCAAACGCCGACGAGGUUAAUAGAACGGGUACUGACACGAUCGGGAGAUGAGGCGGAGAUAGAAUCCAAGUCACGAAGUCAGCACGAAAUGAAGAAGACGCUGAAUUGGUGGGACCUGAUAUGGUUCGGGAUGGGAGCCGUGAUAGGUGCAGGAAUCUUCGUACUGACGGGGCUUGAAGCUAGCCAAGACGCUGGACCGGCUGUAGUUCUGUCAUAUGCCGUUUCCGGUGUCUCCGCCUUGCUCUCCGUCUUCUGCUACACUGAAUUUGCCGUUGAAAUUCCGGUUGCAGGUGGCUCAUUUGCCUACUUGCGGGUGGAGCUUGGUGACUUCGUGGCCUUCAUUGCUGCUGGCAAUAUUCUCCUCGAAUACGUGAUUGGUGGAGCUGCAGUGGCUCGUUCUUGGACCUCUUAUUUUGCAACUCUACUGAACUUCAGGGCUGACAAAUUUCUUAUCACUGUAAACGGUUUAGCCAAGGGCUACAACCAACUUGACCCAAUCGCAGUUGGUGUUUGCUUCAUCAUCUGUAUCAUUGCAAUUCGCAGCACAAAGGGUUCUUCUCGUCUCAACUACGUUGCCUCAAUCAUUCAUAUCGUCGUGAUCAUUUUCAUCAUCAUAUGUGGCCUAAUCAAGUCGGAUACCAAGAACUACACCCCCUUUACGCCAUUUGGUGCGCGUGGUAUUUUCAAGGCUUCUGCUGUUUUGUUCUUUGCUUAUGUUGGUUUUGAUGCUGUUUCAACUAUGGCCGAGGAAACUAAAGAUCCGGCUCGAGAUAUCCCCAUUGGCCUAGUUGGUUCUAUGGUGAUUACUACCACUGUAUACUGUAUAUUGGCUAUAACGCUCUGUCUUAUGCAGCCUUAUCAGAACAUUGAUCCUAAUGCUCCGUUUUCUGUCGCGUUCAAAGCUGUGGGAUGGAGUUGGGCGCAAUACAUUGUUGCUGCAGGUGCGUUAAAAGGAAUGACAUCUGUGUUGCUGGUAGGCGCGGUUGGUCAGGCGCGUUAUCUCACUCACAUUGCGCGAACUCACAUGAUGCCUCCGUGGUUUUCCUAUGUUGAUGCGAAAACAGGAACGCCCGUUAAUGCCACGGCCGUCAUGAUGAGUGCUACCGCGAUCGUUGGCUUCUUCACGAAGCUCGAAAUUCUCUCCAAUCUCCUGUCGAUCUCUACACUUUUCAUCUUCAUGCUCGUGGCGCUCGCUCUCCUCGUUCGUCGUUACUAUGCGAGCGGCGUGACAACAAAUGCGGACCGCAACAAGCUAAUUGCGUGCCUAUUGCUCAUCCUCGGGUCCUCAAUUGCCACGGCUGCUUAUUGGGGACUUAGUGAGAAUGGAUGGAUAGCAUACUGCAUUACUCUGCCUAUUUGGUUUAUGGCAACUGCGGGGAUUUACAUAUUUGUUCCUCAAGCUCGUAAUCCAAAGCUAUGGGGUGUGCCUCUUGUGCCUUGGUUGCCAUCAGCCUCCAUUGCCAUUAACAUUUUUCUUCUAGGCUCAAUAGAUAAAGAUUCGUUCAUAAGAUUUGCUGGCUGGACAGGGUUUCUUUUGGUGUAUUACUUCUUUUUUGGGCUACAUGCUUCUUAUGACACAGCAAAGGAGUUGGAAAAGAGCAAAGGGUGGAAGAAUAAUAUUGAAGAAGGAAAUGCAGUUAGCUCUAAUGGGUUAAAACAUGCUCCUCCUGUUGCUUCUGGUAACUGAAUUGUGUCUAAAUGUUACAGCGUUAUGUUCCUAGUGCUCCUAUUUUAUUUGUCUUGAUUCAUGCAUAUUAUGUUAGUCCGUUGUACAGACUGUUUCUAAAGUAAACUAGUGAACGUUGCUGCAAUUUACCUAACGCUAUCGUUGUA